AUGUUUUCAGAAAACAUUUAUAUUAACUCGAACUUCAAAAAUAAAAUUGAUUCCUCAGACAUCAAUGCAGACUCUCCUCCAGCUCCUCCAGAAAAGACCACAACUCAUGAAAGUUGUCAUAGAUUCUCCAGGGUGCUCUUCACCUUAUUAACAAUAUAUUUCCUGCUACUGACAAUCUUAUUCUCCACUGCUCUGAUCACUUUGUUUAAAAAAUAUUCUCAGCUUCUUGAAGAUAAUGCAAUCAUAAAAGAACUAAACUUUACAGGAUUGGAGUGUACAAAACGGCAUUCACUCUUGAAAGACAAAGUCUGGAGCUGUUGCCCAAAGGACUGGAAGCCAUUUAGUUCCCACUGCUACUUCAUUCCCGCUGACUCUGCAUCUUGGAGCGAGAGUGAGGAGAAGUGCUCCAGCAUGGGUGCUCAUCUGAUGGUGGUCCGCAGCCGGGAAGAGCAGGAUUUCAUCAAUAAGAUCCUGAGAUGUAAUGCUGCUUAUUUUAUCGGACUGAGGGAUCCAGGUCACAGACAGUGGCGAUGGGUUGAUCAGACGCCAUACAAUGAAAGCGCCACGUUCUGGCACCCAGGUGAGCCCAACAAUGACCAUGAACAAUGUGUUAUAUUAAGUCAUCCAUAUUCUAGCUGGGGCUGGAGUGACAUCCCUUGCAGUGCUAAACAGAAAUCAGUUUGUCAGAUGAAGAAAAUAUACUUGUGA